UUUUAGGUAUGUUCUCCGUCCGUAGCAUUUUCGCUAUCUUCUGCGUCCUAAUCUUGGCCCUUUCCACCAUCAACGCGGCGCCCAACCGUGUUUUGAUGCGUUUCGGAAAGCGCGGAGGGAACAGUGAAGGACACUUGGGUUACCGCUUCGUUCCGGCCGGGGCUCCAGCAAUCGCUGAGUACAUCGACGUUGACGAUGUUAUCGGUGGUGAUGACCGUUUCUAAACAUCCAGCACAAACAUCAUCAUCAAUGUGAUCAUGAACCAUUAUGAACAUCUUCUUCAUGUAGACGUCGAAACUACCGCCCGAUCAAGAGACAACACUUUUUGUUCAAAUUCCUCUCCAACUCCUUUCAUCCUUUCUUCUCAAUCGCUUUAAUUGUUUUCAAUAUCCAAAGAACGUCAUCUCCAAAAAAGCCCCUUCUACACCUCAAACAAAUUAUAUUUCUAUUUUUAUUUCAUAUGAGACUGUAAUGCCCCCAAAGUUGUGCUGGAUAAAACUCCUGUUGUGAUUUGAUUGAAAACCAAAAUAACAUGAGAAAAUAUGCA